CCAAUGAGUAGUCUGAAGUGUGGAUCAUCAUAUUAUUAUUAUCAUCAUCAUUGUCACCAUCGUUUGUAUAAAAGGAGAAUCACUCAGAACGACAUAUCGUUGAAGCACUGAGGAUUUUUCGUCGGCAACAUGAAUAUCGUCAUCUUGCCUCUGCUAAUCGCUAGUCAAUUGAGUUUGCACAAUGAGACCUGGCGAUAUGGACCAGAGAUACGGUAUAACGUGACUUAUGAUGCAACUACUAAACCCCAACUGGAACAAACAAAUCCGAACGAUUGGUCCGCGAUGUACAGUAUUAAAGCUCAGCUGAAAUGUCGACCCCGUGGAUCGAAAAUACUGAAUUGUCGACUGAGUGAGCCCACCGCCCUUCUCAGUAUUUUCAAUGCGUCAAGUGGAGUUUCAGUUGUAUCACCUUCCGAUGAUGGCGAAAACCAAUUGGCAAACUUUAAUUUCGAGAUGAAAUUCAAUCGAUUCGGGAUAAAACACUUAUUCGUGCCUUCAACGAUAUCGCCCCCACUUUUGGAUAUGGUCAGAUCGAUUAUCAACCAGUUUCAUACGGGGAUAGACCUUACUGAUAGAGCGGAGGGGACCUACAGGGCUUGGGAGAAUUUCACUACGGGGGAUUGUUUCACCUCCUACACAGUAAAACUAGAGAAUCCAGCUGAUAAAUCGGUGCAGGAUGCUCCAUCGAAGAAAUGGGAACCCCGAAUGACUACAUCAAUUAAGAAAACGCGGAAUAUGGAGAAGUGCCGGACUGUGGCACCUUAUUUUUUCGGGAGUCGAGAAAACUGGCGAGAUAACCCUAGACUUAUGGUCAAUCUGGAAUCAUCCGAGAGUUGGAUAAUUGCUAAUGAAACCUACUUCAGUUCCACAACGGAAACCCAUCUUGAACUGGAUAAUGCAAAGUCUCGACCCGUGGAAAUGAUGAAGAUGCACGAAAAAAUGGCAAUAACGUUCGAUUCGCUAGUCCCAGCUGAAGGGGAGAUCGAGAAAAUUGUGGACCCAGCAUUGGCUGGACUAGUCACUGGAAAAUGGCUGCAUGAUGACUUCUCCAAGGAGGAUCUGAGCGCGGAAUAAUUUAUUCCGAAGUUCAAUCUCCAAUAACACGUGUCAGUAACUAUGAAAACAAAUAUAAAACUAAUAUAAACAAUAGUACCUAGCACUAUAUAUCUCGAAUAAAGUGAGCGCAAUGUGUGCGUCAGUUGAACCAG